UCUAUAUGCCUCACAAGAACCUCAACAUUGCGCCUGUUCACCUAGCAGAAAAUGGGUUCCCGGUGGGUUAAGUCAUAUGACUAAUAACCUAGCGCCUCACUGGCAGGUUGGGUUAUCCGGGGUAAUAAUGGAGUUUAUUAAUGUUUCAUGUUCAUUUUUUUUUCAUGACAGAAACCUCAGAUGCAAAUGGGACAUCAAAGCAAAUGAGGGAGAGAGGGUUCGAGUUGUCGUUCUUGAUGUCAACAUUUUAAAUCUGUCCAACUGUAUCGAUGAUAAUGUGAAGAUCUUUGACGGAAACGAACCAUUCAGCUCACAACUGGAAGUACUUUGCAGGUUGAGGCAGCAAAAUCUCACAAUUACUAGUACAGGGAGAUAUAUGAGGGUUGAGCUCAAUACAAACUCCUUUGUGUUCGGCAGAGGAUUCCAUUUUAUGUACAGCGGUGGUGACUUUCAAGUCCAAAGACACAUUGAUGUAACUGACGAUGGUUUAAUCCAAAUAUUUUCUCCUGGGCAUCCAACCUAUUUUGAAGGUAAAUACCAUCUUACCUGGAGGAUACAAACUGGAUCAUUGGAAAAAAUCAUUCAAAUGAUUGUUAAAGAAUCACAUCUUCCGUACAACCAUAAAUGUGGCACAGAUUAUUUGGAAGCAUAUGAUGGUUAUGACUCGUUAACCACAUCUUUAGCAAAGUGGUGCGGAGACGAGAAACCAUCUAAGGACAGCUCAGGAUCGCAAAUGUUCAUUGUAUUCCAUGCUAGUAGUGUUGGGACCCGUGGUGUUUUUAAGAUCAACUUUUUUGUAGUACUAAAAUCACAACAGGAGUCUGGAGGCAUGAAAACAAUCACCAUACUUUUGUCAUGCAUCGCAGUUGUACUUGUUCCGGCAGUGCUCUUCAGUGUUUACAGGAUUCGCCAGAGACGAUACCAUCGGUCAUCACGCACAAAUCGUGCUUUCGUGGCCACCACCAUGUCUUCAAACCCAGCACUUCAGGUUCCACACCAAGCAGCAAUGAUGCCAGCUACGGAAACUGGAGGCGAAAUAGAAUUGCCUCCCUACACCUCAGCUGCUCAAAGCCAGCCUCCCCCGUCAUACGAAAGUCUGGAGUUUGGACCAAAAAGUGGGAAAUAGUGAUCUGAGCUAUUGGACAGCAGAUGUAAACGUAGCAGCGAAGAUGUAAUUCGGUCUGAUAGACGUAUGGGGAUUAAACCAUGGAACUGUACAGUUCAAUUCCUUCAAUACGGAAGGGGGGGGCACAGAGAGAGAGACAGAGAGAGACACCUUUUCAUAUUGUGUGCGUGUGUCAGUGUGCGUGUGUGCGCGCUAACUUGGGUUAUGAAAGAGUUUGAAUUAUGAAAUACUGAACAAAAAGAUGCGAAUGACGUUUACAUACAAUACUAAAUUCUAACGUUAUUAUUUUACAUGUAUGUGCUGUGUUAGAAAGUGAUGAUCUUUACUGCUUCUGGCAUUGAAAUGCAAAAUACCAAUAUUUA